GCAUCUGUGUCUGUGUUUCUUGAAAUGGAAUCGCGUAACCCAUGCGGAAUGCUCGUUGCGCAGCCACACUCGAUUACGUGCAGGUCUUCUUUCUUACUGUAAGAACAAUCUGCAGCGGGUUUCACGGCCUCAAGCAGAACAUUCUAUCAAGUUCCAAGCUAUGUUUCUGUGAGUUUCGAGAACACAUAGGCCAGGUUCCAUGGAGAACCCUUGAUCAAAUGCCGGCUGAUCGUCUCAAGAGUCCGCCCCGUAUGCUCUGAACCCCUCAGUCAAUGAUUGCAAGGGAACUCGGAGCCGAUUCCCAUUUAUGAUCUGAAACCAAGCAUUGUGUUACAUGCUACUGCUGUCAUUUGAAGUCCCCAAUUCUACGCGAUUCUACGCUGACUCAAUAGUCAAGGAAGGCACCGGCUACACAGUAUCUAUGAACGGGUGCACGGCUAGCACAUCUAGUGUAUAAUACUGCACGCGCCCAAGCAUCGGCGCACGAAGAUGUGCAGAUGGAAUUCGGCUCACUGUGCGCAACGGCAUCUUCAUAUCAUGAAACAUCGUAUGGCGCAUAGGGGGAUCCAGCUUCUGGACUGCUGGACUGUGCCUGCUUCCCAGUCUAGCCCUCAAUCGCAAGUAAAUUUCGCGGCUUGUUCUCCUAUAAAGCCUGCGCAGCAGACAGCGCUCCAGAUGCACCACCAUCUAUGAAGCUAUAUAUCCUCCUCGCCUACAUCACUGUUGCAUUGGCAUCUUGCCAGACCAAGACCAGUCUUUCUGAUUUCAGUCUCGAGGCUGUCUACGUCAACGCUCCACUCAAUGGGCCCAGUUCUGUUCUCGUGAAUGCAGUCGAGGUUCCACCCCCCGUGACCAAGAUCAGCUGGUCCAUUCUUACCGUUGCUCCGACUGACCGAGAAACAUUAUUCACGGCGCAAUCCGCCAGCAGCGGCUUCGAUCCUACUAUGCAAGGGAUAACAUAUACGUCGCACCAUCUCACCCACGGCGGCCUUCACCCCAUUGCGAAAGGACUGCCGAACCUGCGCGUCAAUUCGCUGGAUGUUGUCCCCGGCGAUUCGCCGAGCUUCAUCACGACGCAGCAUCCUCCCCCGGCUCCUGACGCGUAUUGUCUGGUGCCCGGCGAUCACGGCACACUUCUAGCUGUAAACGGCAUGACCGACCAGUGGGCGCUGUGCCCGAAUGCCACAGCGGGCAAUCGUCUGGAUGUGGUGCUCAGCCCGACAGCUGGAAACCCCCAUUACGUCCUGGAGAAAUGUAGCAAAGUGUAUCUCAAUGACCACCAGGACGACGCGAACGACAACAUCGGGCACCAAGAGCCAGUCCACGAUAGGGAGCACAGCAGUGCGGACACACGGGUCGUUCGACUUCGAGCGGCCGGGAUGGGGCGCGCGGUCCGGCGCGAAUUCGCUGGGAGCCCGCAUUCAUCGAAAGCGAUGGAUCACCAACAGAGGGCUACGGGUGCAGGCCUAGCCGGCGUGGGAGCAGCGCGCUUCUACGCGUCCAUGGCCCCUCCAACGUGCGAGCCGCGCCCACAGCCACGGCAGGGCAUGAGCAGCUGGGGCAGGAACGCGGGGAAACGACUCAGCGCGGGGCUGACGAGGCUGUUCGGUUCCGUUGGUACCAGCGCCAGGCCGGGGAGCAGCAGCAAUGCGGGCGUUGGCCGACAACAUGCCAAGUUCUCGUUUGAGCCCCCCGUCCCAAUCACAUCCCCACCCGCAUCCCCUCUAUCAUCGGAGCCUGUGAUGAAGCGCAGGCCGUCGCCGCCGACUCGGUCACCCAGGCGCGGACACAACGCGAGCCAGUCGACGUCUAGUUCAACAAGUUCCUCGCCUAGUGUCGGACACCGGUCAGGAACCAAACCGCGGUCGCUAGAUCUGGGUCUCGGGCUCGCGUGGGCGCCGAACAAGCUCCGUGAGGACGCUGUGCUGCCUGCAUCGCCGCUGGCCAGGAGCCUCGACGCAAGCCGGCGGGUCGAGCAGGGACAAAAGGUGGCCGAGGAGUUUCGGAAUGUUCUAGACGACGAUGGGUACCGAAGUUUCAAGCAUUACGUGCAUCGCUUCGAUAUGCAUGAAAUGUCCAUCGACGGCUCCGCUGGCAUUGUUGCGCGGGUCGAGCGGCUGCUGAAGAAGACACGACAUCUCAGUGACGAGGAGCGAGCAAGAUUGAUGGAUUCGUUCGUUAGGAUUAUACUUCAAGCCUCAUGAAACCACAUGCUCAAGGCCGGGCGACGGGGACACUCACGCACAUCUUUGGGCUCACCCUGCUUCAUGUACCUUCUACUUUUUUAUUUUGUAUUGUCAACUCACAGGUCAUAAUUUACACAUAAUUUGUUUUCCGUAUUCCCAUCGCAAUGCUAUCCAAUGCUUUCACGAUUCGCCUCCGCGGUUGCACAGAUCAACUCACUACCAGUCAAAACGAUAACACAAUGUCCAAGACUAAAACUCAUUCUUCAUCCACCCUCUUGGCAGAAUGCCAAUCGUCAAUCACUUCCAAGACAGCGUCGAUGUGCUCGACACCCAUUUCAGCUUCUGCGUCGAGCGCAAUGCAUUGAGCGCUGCUGACGACGUUCUUGAUCUUCAAAACAAGUACAUGAGCGCAAGUGACAUGCACGAGCGGGAAGCACAGACCUGGCGCCCGUUCAUCUUGAGACCCGCCAGACGGUCGACAUCUUCAGAAGAUAUCCGCGUGUGCGGCUCUUUGGUGACUUUGGAGAUGAACGUAUGCCAGAUUUGACGACGCGAAGCGCGGUCCAGAUCCGGGUAGUGGAUGGAGAAGUGGAUA